UAGAGAAACGUGAAACCGUCUUCCUCUUAUCUUGUUGGGCGGGUAAAAGUUUGCGCCAUUUUCGUCGACUGGAGACGAGCACGACGAAUCGAAGCAUGCUCCUCAAACAAUUUGAUCUCCUCUCAACCAUCUCCGUACCCACUACAUCUCCCUUCUUCAAAUUCCCAACGUAUGGUGGUUCCAUUUCACUGCUCCGGACUCCAUCUCCGACGACACGAUUAGCAGUGAGAGCGAGUCUCAUCACCAACUCAGACUCCUUCGAGGUCGGACGCCUCAUUGGAAGCUAUGGCUUCAUGAAUGUCACCAGCUAUUCAGGGUUUCAAUCAGGGGAAGACGUUGAAUAUUCUUCUGGAGAUUUGGGGCAACUGAGAGUUCAAGAUGUAGGAGAAGGAAGUGUAAAGAUCAGGCUUUAUGAAGGAAGAGUUUCUCAGGGUUCUCGUAAAGGAACUUCUAUUAUUUUUAAGGUGUAUCCUGGAAAGCGGGCUGGUGGUGUUGAAGCUGAUAUGAUGGCUGCAAAUGAACUAAAUGCUCAUGCAUUUCUACAAAGUAGUUCAAAAGGUGUCUGCACGAAUCUGGUACUACUUGUUGGUGGGUUUGAAACAAACACUGGGGAGCAGUGGCUAGCAUUCCGUGAUGAUGGAAAAUAUAGCGCUGCAGACUAUGGAAAAAUAAUGAGUGAAAGGAUUUCCAAAAGCAUAGAACAAAUCUCAUGGAAUCAUUAUGAACAAGAACAACUGACCAAGCGCAGGAGAUAUUUUGUGGUCAGGAUGUUUCAGGGCAUAAUGAGAGGUCUUGCGUAUAUGCACGACCAUGACAGAUUACACCAAAGUCUUGGACCAUCUUCUAUAGUACUCAAUACGAUUGUUGAAAAAGAUGCUGCUUACUUAAUCCCACGACUUCGUGAUCUAGCUUUUUCUGUGGAUGUGAGAUAUCCGUUUCCAGAAGAGGGCCCUGGACAGCUUGCUGAGGGGCUAUGGAGACGAGCUACAGCUGCUGGUGCCUACACUCCAAUGGAGAAAAGAGCAUUUGGAAUAGCAGAUGACAUAUAUGGAGCAGGUCUCCUUUUUGCGUAUUUGGCUUUUGUACCAUUUUGUGAAGCUGGAGUUGUUGAUAGCCUCUCCUUGCAAAGGCUUCUGGAGAGCACUUUCAGACUUGAUCUUGAAGCCACGAGAGAAUAUUGUUUAGCAGAUGAUCGGUUCGUAGAAACAGUCAAGUUUCUCGAUCUCAAUGAUCGUGCUGGUUGGCAGUUACUUCAGGCAAUGUUGAAUCCAGAAUUUCGACAAAGGCCACUCGCCGAAGCAGUACUCAACCAUCGGUUCAUGACCACGGUGAUUAUUUGACUCAGAUUUGGCUAAAGUCUUCCUAGUUUUGCUUUUACAAGGGUGAUCCAAAUCAUCUUGAGUCUCUUCUUUGGUAUUCCUAUAUAUGUUUCUUUUCUGUACAAAACCAAUGUUUGGAUCUGUGGAACAUUCAGGGCAUGUUUUGAAGUGAUUAACAAUGACAAAAGUGAUUUUAGUCAUGUCAAAAUCACUUUUAAAACAUAUCUUAGUGUUUGACAAUGAAAUACAAGUAAUUUUGAGAACAGUAAAAAUGAUUUUGGUAUGCAAAAAACAUUUCUAAACCUGCACUCAGUCAUUAUAGAUUUAUGUGACUGGUGAAUGAAGUCGAACUUGUACCACAGCGAAAACUACUUAUAUUUUUUCUCUGUGUUAAAAAAUUUUCUAUGUAGUUCUCAAUGAGAUUGGAUAAGUUUCUAGUUAAUAUUUGAAAAACGAUCAUGUUGUAUUUGGAUGUUCACUGUUCAGUAUCAACCGGCGAUGGAUCAGGUUUAGUAGAGGUCUGCUGAUUAGCAUGCCUUGGACUUGGGGUGAAAUUUGGUUGGGUUUCGUAGAGCCCCGAAAGCAAAGCCAUGGGCCAUACUGAUGCUUCUUCCCAGUAGAAGUACCUGCAUCAUGAAACAAAAGGUCAGAGUCUUUGAGAACAUGAUCGGCCUUACCACAAUGGUAAUAGAAGUUUGGGAGUCUAUCGUAUUGAAUGGGGAUCCAACAACCCUCCAUUGGACCAUCGAGAUUUAACUUGACUCCUUGUCGAAGAGGUUUUGCAAUAUCAAAAAGUGAUUCUCACACGAAGACUUGUAUCCCAGCAGAAUCCAUCAGCAUCACAGACCACUUUUUCGAAGUUUCCAAUAUUGUUUCCUAGCAUUAUUGCCAUUGUUUUGUUCAUACACGUCGUAGAUAGAUCAUACAAGUGAAUCCAAGAGGUUACCUUAUUGAACGGUAGAUCCUCGAGGGUUCAACCAGGGGUGAAGGUUUCUCAAAAAGGAGGGAUUUAUCAAAAAACCAAAGUCGUGUUUUUGGAAUUCGAUUUUAUGUCUGGUGAAAUGGAACAAGAAGAUAUUGUGGCCAAUGUGUUCCACUGAA